AUGCCGGAAGAUGUGGGGACGCCCUGGAGUCUGCAGUUGGAGCUGGAAACGGUGAUCGCACAGGCUGACUGGACCUACCUCAGGCUCUCACGCAAGUUCCAGCAGCUGUGACUGUGCUGCUAGGAGUGCUGGAAUGUCCUCACGAACCUCUCGGGCUUUUGGGGGCAAACUUUCCUAAACCUCCCCCAGCAGUCUUCUUUUCUGAACAGCUAAGAUAAAGAAGUGAACAGCUUGGAAGUGGAGGAGCUUGGGCUCGCUAGACUGGGCUACGAAAUCAAAUUCUACUUUGGCCCUGACUCCUAUUUCCAAAAUAUGGUGCUCAUCAUGGAAUAUGUGUGUGGGUCUUCUGGUCGGGUGAUUUCUCAUUCUGCUCCAGCCCAGUGGCUCUCAGGACAUGAUCCUCACUUUGUGAGUCAGGGAAACCUGGAAAAGAACCGUAGCUUUUGGUGGUUUGUAAAUAACAGUUCUAUUGAGUCUGACAAGACUUGAGAUAAUGAGAAACUACGGCCCAGUUCUCUGCAGUAGUACUUUAUGAGUGAAAGAGCUCGUGCAGAGAAGGCAAAGGCAGGCAGAUCAGGUCCAGCAAAGCAGCCACGGGAGACCCCGUGCCUAGGGUCAAACCAUCCAACCGAUCCUGUGCAAGUCUCCCUACUAUCUCCUGCAGACCUGUCCUGGCUCUCUACCUGUGUGCUUGGCUCUGUCCUCUUCAGCUUGGCUUCCAUGUGCUGCAGUCCAUUUGGACUUUAG